UUUGCUACCACAACCACAGCACGAAAAAAAUUUGCUUAGUAUGAUUAUUUUUGCAGAUUGAUCGGUGGGACCAUGGAGAAUGAUGACGUGAAACAAUCGCUGAGAAAGUUUUUGUUCAUCCCGGAGAGAUACACCAAAGCUGCUAAAAAUGACAAUCAAAUAGUUGCUGUGGUACAUCGCUCUUGGCUGAGUUCACUUGUGCAAAAGGGGCGCCCAGACAUAUUCAAAUAUCAUGAGAAACUGACUGAUUAUGAAGUGGAUUUAUUUUUGAAACUAGGAGAGCCUUUUGAGCCAGCUUGGCAGCUUGUAUUAAUUACUGUUCUUCAACUUGAACCAGAUGAAAAUGUUUACCCUCUGCCUCGACCGAGACAAGCAAAUUUGGUUUCCUGGGAUGCGCUUAAUUUGACAUACUCACAACUCCUGCACUACAUUGCAGACACCAACUAUAAAAACUCAUGGAAAGAGGCGUUCAAGAAAUAUUCAUGUCUGCCAGAUACCAAAUCCGCACAAAAAGUUCCGCUGGUUUCAAUGCGCGCAGUCAUCCUGGAAGCUAUCAAACGAUUAUUCUCUUGUCCGGUGAUAAACCUUGAUACUCAAGAAGUGUUUACCGCUCCCAAAGACAGAUACAAUACUCAUCCGAACUGCCUGCCAGCCAUCUGUGCCGCCUUCACCUCUGAUCACAUCUUUCUUCUCCAAAAUUACAUUCCACAUUCGUUGUUUGACUGCGUUACCUUCAGCCCUGCUGUACUCAACUUGGCAAGGUCGAGGUCACUAUUUCUCAUAUACCAAAUACUGCAGCUGCUUAGAGAUUCAUAUGACAAAGGAGUUGCUCUCGGAGGGAUUAGUUUGAAUGAUGUGCUGAUCACUCCAAGUUUAUGGGUCACUGUAGUUCCAAAACUGGAGGAAAACUUGAUUUACCCCAAAGAAAUGCUGUCAGAGGAAAUUUCAGAUGUGGCUGUUCACUGUGAAAAGAAGCCAGAUGCAUCGCUGAGCAAACUCUUGGAUUUAUGGGUUCGAGGGCAGUUGUCCAACUUUGACUAUCUGAUAGCCCUGAAUCGCCUUGCUGGAAGAAGAUUUGGUCAUCCAAGUCACCAUUUUGUCCUGCCAUGGGUGACAGACUUUUCCUCCUCGCAUGGAGGAUGGCGAGAUCUUACCAAAUCCAAAUUCCGACUGAACAAAGGGGAUCGCCAAUUGGAUCUCACUUUUGAGACAGCUACCGGACUGCAAAAUUGUGAUUCAUCUCCAUUACAGAUACCUCACCACGUGUCAGACUUCCUAUCAGAGAUUACAUAUUUUGUCUACUUAGCUAGAAGAACCCCAAAAUCGCUUCUUUGCAAAUACGUGAGACCCAAUUGGGUGCCUGCUGAGUAUCCUAGCUCCAUUCAAAGGAUGCAAGAGUGGACUCCUGAUGAGUGUAUUCCAGAGUUCUACACGAAUCCCAAUGUUUUUAAGUCAAUUCACGAAGACCUUCCAGAUUUGGAGAUUCCAUCUUGGGCCACAUCUCCAGAGCACUUUAUUGAAAAGCACCGACAAGCUUUAGAAAGUGUGUACGUCAGUGAAAAACUUCAUCAUUGGAUCGAUCUCACUUUUGGCUACAAACUGAGUGGAUCAGCCGCCAUCAAGUCAAAAAACGUGUGUCUCUACCUGGUGGACAACCACACCAACAUCUCUGGGAGUGGGGCCGUUCAGCUCUUUACCCAGCCACAUCCUCACCGAACGACCCCCAAUCCUUACAUGGAUAAAAUUGCACCAAAGAUUGCUUUCCCAUCAAGCAAGAGGAGACUAGAGAGCACAUUACCCUGCAUACUGUCUCCUGCUGUUUCUACUCCUGAUAAAAUUGAUGAAUCCAGCGAAUCUCUGAGUGAUCAAGUUGGAGAAGAAUCUCACCCUCUGGAAGGCCCCAAAACAUUGCCUAAAAUUAAAUACACUGUCUCGGCUGAGGAUGCUGUAAAAGCUAUCCACUUGCCCAAGGAUUAUGGGAUUGUUUCCAGCCUGCAAGCAGUUGAGAACCUCUCCAAUUUUUCAUUAGAAGUUCUUCAUGAAAUGCCAAGAGCUGAUAACUAUGGUCAGCGUCAGUUGUCUUCCCAUUACAAGAAAGCAAUAGCUGAAUCCAGGGUUAAGGAGAUGCAAACUCUUGGUUGCUUAAUUGUGGAGAUUUAUUUGUCCUCCAAGUUGAGAGCAGCAGAUCUGGUGCAUUAUGACUUUGCAGCCAGACUAGAGAGGUGUUUGAAAGUGGUGGAAAAAGAGUGGAGGGAUUUGCCUUGCGCAGUGAAGAAAGUUACCUGUGUGCUUCUGGAGUUAGACGAAAGCGGCAGAAAAAUUUCUAGUCACAGUCCAGAUUUCUACCAACCAAUUUCUCCUAUGGGUCUUCCACCCCCGUCCGCGCAUCAGCUGCUGCAGCCAUUGCUUUCUUCAGUUAUACCAUUUCCAGAAUAUUUUGGACCACUUUACAAAUUGUUAGCGGAGAUUCACAACUUGGAAAGGAGCUCCGAUGAAACUUCUGAGCUCCAAGUCAACAUUCUUAAUUCAGGACUACCCAGUCUGCUUCCCAAGAUGGACGAGGACGGUCUGGACUUGCUGGUUCCUCACGUUGUACGCCUUCUGAAAAGCGAAUCGGCCACCAACGCUGCCUGGAGACUUUUCGAUCCAUUGGCCAAAGCCCUCGGUCCGAAUAGGGCUGCAAAAGAACUCUUGGACCCGAUAUCCGACUUGAUGGACAGUGGCGGAGCGACCAGAGCAAAGCUGUAUCACAGGAGUUUCCUCCUGAAGCUGAUGGUCAGAUUUGGCCUGAGGGCAUUUAUCAACAACUUCAUCAAAUCCUUAGUCGAGGCGGUCGGUGGCUACAAAGAUCAGCAGUGCAAGACUCCUACCCUUGAAGCGGAACGGAGAAAAUCAGACACACUGAACGUGGUGGAAAACUUCAAUCUCUGCGACAACGAAGCUGGAAUAUUGUCGCCAUUGGACGAAGACUCAUCGGCAGACUCUGAUAAAGUGAUAACUGAGCAAGAAAUAGUGCCUGGUAAAAAGGAGGAAGGAUCAGACGUUGAGAAUGAACCUGAGGUGUUCGUUCUUGAGAAUGAGGGUGAUGAAAAUGACCCUGCUAACUCAGUCACAUCUCCAGCUGUGGCCCUUGAUCUGAUGGCUCAGUUAGAAAUUGACAUGGAUCAAGAGCCUGAAGGAGUAGCCCAGAGUGGAGAUAUAGAGGAGCCAAAGACCGCUACUCCAAAUUUGGAGCCUGAAGAAGCGGCGGCUGCCACUCCGGUUCAAACUGAAUGGCGUCCACCGCGCAGACCGAACACGGCCACCGAAUUUCCUGUAUCUGAGGAGAGCGCAGAAUCUUUGCUUUGGUUGGCACACAGAUUGGGACCAGUGUUGACAGCUCGCCAUUUGUCGAGAAACCUGCUUAGGAUGCUGUCUCUUUGUUACCUGGGCGAGUCCAGCUUGGCUCCCAGCAAAGGCCAAGAGUCCUCUGAGUCCUGCUGCCAAGCAAUCCCUGGAAUGAAGCUGGUAGGCGAUGUAAACUCUGCUCGAGUUUUAUCUUGCUUGGCUGAAAUUGCUGCAAUCUAUGGAGAGCAGCUGGUGGUUGUUCAGUAUUUUGGACAUAUGACUGAGUUGAUUGCUCUCUGCAAAAGGAAACUCACAUUGAAUAUGGAGGCAGGCUUGAUUGGCUGUCUUUGCCUGAUGUGCAGCAUUGUUCCUUACCUGUCAGAUGCGACCCUAAUGGAGCAGAUUUCGGAUAUCCUCAAGAACAUUUUGCACCCUGCCGUUAGAUUGGUGGCCACGUCCCGCGCGCCGUUUCCAAGUGGGAUCACCGCCAGACGGGCUUUGGCCUACAAACUUCUGGAGGCUCUCUACAUGAUUGCCAUGAGAAUUGGCUCCGACAUGACUAGAGUACACCUCUCAGUCACUCUCCAAAGAUAUUUUCUUGCGUUUGACAAGGCCUACGACAUGAUUGACGCUGAAAGUGGCUUUUUGGAGGUGCGAAGAGAUAAUGGAGAAUUGCUGAAGGGCUCUCCUUUACAAAUUUCACAGGUCAUGGUAUACGAAUCAAUUGACUCUUUUUCACCGCCAGCCCCCAUUCAAGAGGCAGCAAAUGAGUUCCGCAUGAAAGCCUUGCACGAAAUCAAAGCCGUGUUCAAUGAAAAACUUGCGCACUGUAUUUACAUUCCGUUUUACCGGCUCCUUGGCGAAACCUUAAUGGAAAAGAUAUUGAAAAACGAGUCGUUGGUGCGUGAUCUCUGCUACCAGUAUGAGCAGAUGACACCCCGUCUGAAUCAGUGCCAAGGCGCUGGAAGCCUGGUGUACCUCUCCGACCUGCUGCCUCCCGAGGAGAAUCUGAUUGGCACCUCUAGCAGUUUUGGCACUAACGUGUCUGUGAUCGGCAACCGAAUCGAGCUGCAGCGGCCAGACAUUCCCUCGACCCUUCCAAGCCCGGGCUUCAAGAACUUGGACGAGGUGUCCAAUAUUAUCAGCAAGCGGAUGGAGAACACCAGCCGGCACCUGCGGGGCAACUGGCUCGCCUACUGGGACCACGAAAUCGGCCGCUCGGACAAGGACAACAAGUUCAACUUCAAGCAGAUAAAACUGCAGCAGUUCACGGGACACUCGCACAGCGUACGCGCCCUGCUGGUGCUGGACAACGAGAACAGUUUCAUCAGUGGCAGCCGCGACAAGAGCGUGAAACUGUGGUCCCUGCGAAGCCAGGGCGACGGCACCACCGCCUCCACCUGCAGGUGGUCUUACAACCAUCACCGCAAGUCGGUGUUGGCCAUCGCCUAUGUUGAGCCCGUUGGGUUAGUGGCCUCGUGCGACUCGGUUGUGCACCUUUGGGACCCUUUCAUGGGGGCGACCGUCGCGAUACUCGAUGGAGCGAGCCGCGUGAGCAACGCGCCCGUCAACGUGCUUCACGCAAUGCCUGCGCCAAGCUGCUCUGUUUUGGCCGCAACCACUGACGCGACCUUGAAGGUCAUCGAUGUCAGGACUGCUGAAUAUGUCAUUGAGAUGAAGGUAGCGAACGCUGCUGGCGGGCUGAUUCGGUGCAUUUCCGUCUGCAGUAACGGCCACACGAUUGCUGUCGGACAGUCCUCAGGUCACUUGUCGCUGCUUGACAUCCGCACCGGCAUGAUUCUGGCCUCGUGGAAGGGUCACGAGGGGGAAGUGCUUCAACUAGCCGCUUUCCCUGGAUCGACCGUGGUCAGCUCCUCUCUGGACCAGACGGUGGCAGCUUGGAGCUCGGAAAACGGCAGCCUCAGGUGCGUGCUGAAAGGUCAGACCGAGCCUGUCCACUGUCUGAAUGCGUACAAUAUGGAACUCAUUUCGGGCACAACCGCCAACCGAAUUGGCGUUCACACUGCCGUUGGCGAGCAGGCCUCCUUUUCGUCAAAUAGACUGCGCAGUGACACCUUCAAAGGAGUCCUUACCGCCCUUGCGGUUCUGCCCCUGAACAGGCUUUUGCUGCUCGGCUCGGAUGCGGGGCACAUCAGUCUUCUAUGCUAGUCGAAUUAUAUGCUUAGCACAACCAAACAUUCCACUGUACUCAAUCAUUUUUAAUGUCUGAAUUUGCAAAAUGCUGUUUGUAGACACGUUUGAUAUAAGUACAAUCAUAUUUUCUUUGGUUCUAUUCUUGAAAAAAUAAAAAUCCCAUUUAAAUGAA